ACGAUGGCUGCGACGUCGACACCUCUUCCCCCAGACACGGAAAAUCAAACAUAUCUCACAGUUCACGCCCUUCUCGCUGGAGGGCUGUGGCUUCCGUACAGGGAAGUCUUCCAAGAUAGCCUACAUGAACCCCCCGAGGUUGGGUCGGACAUCCCCUUUAUUGCUUUUCUCAUCACACACCCUACGCACGGGCGGGCGCUGUUCGAUCUGGGUAUGCGCAAGGCAAAGCAGCAUGCCAAGGGAUGGCCGCCUGCACUUAAGGAGACUUUGGAUGAAUUUAGGGUGUAUGGCCGUUGUGAGGAGGACAUAGUUGACGCGCUGAGGAAGGGCGGCGUUGAUCCAGCGGAGAUCACGAAAAUCAUCUAUAGGUGCGUAGACACUCACCUCCAUUGGGAUCACGUUGGCGAUCCACUUCCCUUCACGAACGCCGAGAUCAUCCUCGGCUCUGACGGCAAGGUGCUCCUCGACGACGCGUGGCCCUCUAAUCCAAACAGUCCGUUCAUGGCGCUCCCUGCGAACAUGCACGCAGACUUCAUCGACUUCGCGGAACCGAAGAAGUACAAGCGGGUCGCGCCGUGGGGGCCGUACGAGCGCGCAGUCGACCUGUUCGGCGACGGGUCGCUGUAUCUCGUCGACUCGCCGGGACACGUCCCGGGACACCUGGCAGCGGCGACGCGCGUCGCGCCAGACAGCUUCGUCUUCCUUGCGGGCGAUACAUGCCAUAACAGACUCUGUUACGCGCCCGGCGGGCGGCUCGUAAGCGAGCUGAACCACGCCGACAUCGAGACGGCGCGAAAGACUGCGAAGCGGCUGGUAGAACUGGAUGUGUGUUAUCCGAACGCUGUCGUCGUCAUCACGCAUGAUAGUUUGAGGAAGGAGGAGAUGCCGUUCUUCCCUGACUCGGACUUGAGGGGCUGGGCAGAGAAUGAGAUCGAGAAGCGGAGGCGAAGGGCUUGAAGUCUUCUGCCACGUCUCUGUCCGCUAAUGCGCUGAUAUCCGUGUACAGUAUCGUCGUAAUCUAGGUUGUUCUCAUCAUAAUUCCGAGUCAAGAUAAACAGGU